ACUGGAUUGCCCUCCUAUGCCUGUCUUAUGAUGUUGUUUCCCUUUCUGAAACCAUUUGCAAAUGCAAUGAAAUAUUGGGACAACAAGAAAAAGGGACAGAGGGAAACGUAUCAGGAAGAUGAACAUGUUAACAAGCCGGGACCAAAGAGGCAGAUGCCAUUAUUUUCUGAAUUUUUAAUGGUUCUUAUAAGACUCAGGCUUGGACUGUUACAGAGUCACCUGGCAGACAUUUUUGCAAUUUCACAAAGUUCAGUUUCCAAGAUUUUUACAACUUGGAUUAAUCUUUUGUAUCAUGUAUUUAAGGAAGUUCUUAUAAUAUGGCCUGCAAAGGUUCAAAUUCAAAAGCACAUGCCUAAGAGCUUUAGUAGGUAUCCUCGGACCCGUGUAAUUAUUGACUGUACAGAGUUUUUUAUAGAGAAGUCCACUCAACCUUCAGCUCAGAAAAUUACUUGGAGUGAUUACAAGUCACAUAACACUUUCAAACUCUUGGUUGGUAUUUCACCCACUGGAGCCUUCACAUUUGUCUCUAAACUUUGGUCUGGUGGGGUCUCUGACCGAAAUAUAACUCAGAAAUCUGGACUGAUAGACAAGCUGGAACCUCUAGAUGAUGUGAUGGCUGAUAGAGGAUUCAAUAUUAGAGAUAUGGUCACAAAGAAAAAGGCCACAUUAAACAUUCCCCCCUUUGCAAAGGGGAAGUCCCUUUCAACAAAGGCAUGUACAAAAACCAGGAGAAUAGCUGCAGUUCGCAUACAUGUGGAAAGAGCAAUCCAGCGGCUCAAGUGUUUCCGAAUUUUACGUGGUGUGAUACCUAUCACCCUUGCUGCAGUUGCUGAUCAGACUGUGUUUGUAUGUGCAGCACUGUGUAACUUAAUGAAGCCUCUUGUUUCAAAGUAAAUGUCUAAAUAAUUUUCUUAUGUCUGUAUAAAUCAUAUGAUUUUUGAUCGAACUAAAAAAAAACAAUGAGCAUGUAACCCCUUACAGUAGCUACUAUACUAGGUAUAAAUGGAAUAGUUAUGCAUUUACAUAGGCUCAAUGUCACGAAAGGUUCAUAUUUGGAAGUUGAGUUUCUACAUUAUAUGUAUAUUUAUUUAUCUGUACUAUAUAACACUGUACGGUUCUGACCAUAUUUAACCUUUGGAAAAGCUAGUUCUGGUAAAAUGACCGAGUCAAAAAAUGAAUCCAGCUUAACUAGCACUGGAGACCAAAACUCUUGAUCAAACAACACUUUCUCAACAUAAAUACCACCAUCCCUGCCACAAGCAACAAAUAUGCCCCAGGGAUACGUUGUUGCAAACAUUUGUU